CACCAUGUGCCAUCUUCGGUUGACCCAACUUUUCUCACAUAAUAAAGGGAAAUUUUCUUUUCCUUUUUUUUUUCCUUUUUGGAAAGCUAGUGACCGUUGAUUAGCUCGGCUCACGGAUCUUGUCUCUCUCUCUCUCUCUCUCUUCGUUUUCACUGGUGCUGUGUUCUUUAUAUAAACUCCCUCCAAGAUCAAGCCUUAAGACUUCAGUCUUCGUGACUUCCCACAAAAAAUUACCAGACAGAGAACCCAAAAGAUCACAGCUCGGCAGCAGCAGCAACGACGGCAACCUCAGAGACACCAAAAAUGGCUUCUUGGAAGAAAACCAUUACCUCCCCAUUUCGGAAAGCCUGCACCUUCUUCAGCCAGAGCCCCUCCCGAGACAAGAAAUCCCACCAAGAGCAUGAGAAGCGAGUGAACAUGACGAACUUGCAGGGGGAAGUGAUGGCCUGCGCUUACGAGGAUGUCCAAGUGAUGUGGUCGAUCCUCGACAAGUCCAAGGCCAUCGCAUGCGACUGAACAGAAAAGAUUUCCAAGAAAAGCUCCAAUCUUUUGCACCACCUUGAGCUGCCAAUUUCUGCUGUAGAUAUGAUGAUGGGUUGGUGGAAGUUAAAGUUUGUAUUGGGAUGGUGCCCAAGAACAGGAGGAGAAGAAAACCCAGAAAAAAAAGGAGGCAAAAAGAGUGAGGAAAACAAGAAAGAGAAAGUGUUUAUUAUUACAAGGUUAGGUUUUGAGAGACCCCCUCCUCUGUAAUUAUGAAUCUUCGAUGAUGUGGGGUUUCGCAUGAAGAAGUUUAGGAGAGUUCGGAGUUUGAUUGAGUUGGUAAUUUUGUUUUUAUCUUUAUGUUUUUUUUUUCCCUUUUUCCUGUUGAGUAAGGUUGUCAUCAUCUCUAUAGGAAAUCCCCAUGAUUAAUGGUAAUGUCAUGGCGAGAUUUAAUGAAAUGUCUCAUUUUC